AUGGGCCUCGUUGCAGGUUUAGGGCUUCUUGGACUAGGAUUAACACUUAUAGGGGACGUUUUUAUUAGUGAUGGCUCACUCAGACAUAUAUUUUACAAGAUGCAGUUUUACCAUUACUAUUUCUAUGAUAUACUGGUGGGUUUAGCUGCAGCAUCGGUUGUAAUUGGAAUAUGUACUUUGUUGGUGGCUGUACUUGGCUUGCUUGGAUCCUGGAGAAAAUCGAAACGCUUUCUUAUUACGAGCUCUGUUCUGUCUUUUGCUUUGCAUAUACCAAGAGUAAUUGCAGUUGUUAUAUGGAUAGUAUUUAUUGAAGAGAUCAACGAUGGUAUGAAAUUUCAGUUAUGGUUACAACAAUUAGGAUAUUUUUAUGGAGGCAACGGAAAUGAAAUCACGGGAAAGUGGAAUGACAUGAUCAUGACACUGCAGUGUUGUGGUGUCCAUUAUUACUCCGAAACACAUACGACUCAGGGAAUACAGUUCUGUUGUAAACAUGCUAAUCUCAGAAUACUAGACAAAGAAGAUCCAAAUACAAACUCCUACAGUGGCAUUUUCAAUUAUUUUGGUGGCUGUGGUGGCUACAAAACAGAUACAUGUGCAGAAGUAAUCUUGGACAAGACUGAUAUGUUUAUUGGAUGGUUUCUUGCGAUUGUGCUCCUGCAAAUUGUUUUAGAGGUUUGA